CCCAGCUGCUGGGCUCCAUGAGCUUUCCUGCUACCAAGAUGUCGUUGCCACAGACGGUGACCUCUGGGCCAGAGCUGCACAGCCCCGAGGAGCCUGCGAAGAAGCUGCAGACCCCACCAGUGCGGGGUCCCUGGCGGGCAAGCGGUGAGGGAGCUCCCGGCACCCGCCGUGAGGACACUUGGCCCGGCCUGGGCACAUUCCGGCGGGCCUUCUCCCGGUCAAGCCAGCGGGCCUCAGGCCAGGCCCCCAAGGAGGACCUGGGCCUGUUCCAGCGCAGCUCCCGCUUCCUGUCCCGGUCCCUUCGGCGAGCCCGGGAAAACGGCUCCACGGCUGAUCAGUCCCAGGCCACGGCUGUGCCAGGGGUGACUCACAACCCACAGAUGCCCUCUAGGGUCAUAGAUGGUGGCGGCCGGCGGUCCUCUGCUGGGGUGGGACGUGAGGAACUGGAACCGGAGGCAGCACAAGACAAAUCCGUGGCCGACCUCAUCACCGAGCGCCAGCUGUUGGCGGCCUUCGAGCAGCUGCGGCAGCUGGAGGGGCGGCUCGUGGCCGAGAAAGCCUCGCGCAGCUUCCAGGAGGACCCCACGGGCUUCGCGCGGCGCGCCAUGGACGUGUGUCUGCACUACGACGGGCUGGCGGCCGAGAUCGGCGCCAUCGUGCGCGAGACGCUGGGCCCGGGCGGCGUGGACGCGGCCACGCUCGGCGAGCUGGCCCGCACGGUGCGCGCGGAGGAGGAGGCGCACCCCGCGUCCCCCGCCGACGGCGACUUCCUGCUCACCCCGCGCCGCUGGCGCCAGCACUGGGAGGACGCGGUGAGGCAGAGCGCGCAGGAGCGCGUGCAGCAGGCGGGCGCCGGGGCGGCUCCUGGGGCGGCCGAGGCCGAGGCCGAGGGGGCGUCGGGCCUGGCCCAGCGGCUGGCCGAGCUGGGCGGCGUGGUUCGCAGCGACCUGCAGAAGGUGUGGCGGGAGGUGCUGCCGGCUUACUCGGCCGCCGGCUUCCCGGCCGGGGAGGCCUACCUGCGGGCCUUCCACGGCGCGGUGGCCCAACGCCUCCAGGAGCUCGCGCAGGACGCCCGGGGCUGCGAGCAACUCUACGUCCUGCUGGACUGGGCGGUCAAUGUCUACGGCAGUCCUGACUUUCUGGGCGUCCCAGACCUGACCCUGUCCAUGGAGCCACUGCCCCCACUCCUGGCUCCUGCCUUGUGGGCCCGCCUGGAGAGUGACUACACCAGCUUCCUCGAGACCAAGGUCACGAGCUGCUUCGAUAGCAUCCUGCAGCUAGAGCAGAGUCGGUGGGCAGACAUGGAGGCCCCCGAUGUGCUACAGGGUCUCUACCACACGCCACUGUCCAUCGAUGUCCACAUGCUUGUGGCAGAGCAUGUGAAGGUGGCCGGUGCCAUCUCUGCGGAACUGGAGGCCACCACCCUGAGCAUCUGUGCACGUGCACUUGGCCUCUUCCUGCCCAGGUUUGCAAAGGCUUUUCUAGAGUCGAAGGCGGUGAGCGAACCUCAUCUGGGCGCCAAUAUCAACGCCUGCGAGGAGCUCCGGACCAGUCUUCUGGCCAGGUUCCCAGGAACCUUUGAAGAGCUGGAGAAACCUCUAGUGGCUGCCACCUGUACCUUCCAGAAACGGCUGCUCCAGGGCCUGCAGGAUGAUGUGCAACCGCUUUUCAGGAACCUGUGCACCAAGGCGUGGCUGACACAAGACGUGCUGCAACCCCUCAUGGACAAGGUGGUGGCCUUCGCCCACCAUCUGGAGCACAUGGCCCCACUGCCGGCACAGGAGACCCUGCAGGAGCUGCACCGCUACGUGGUCCGAGAGUACCUGGCGCAGGUGUUGAGGCCACGCGAGCGGUUCCGGGGUGAGGAGCGCGUGAGGAGCGCCCAGAAGAUGGGCGUCGACGCCCAGGCCAUCGGCGACACCUUCCAGGGCUUGGGCUCUGAGGCCACGUGGCUGGACCAGGCUAUCCGGUGUGUGGCUGACAUCCUGGGUGAGACUUACAAAGACGACAUCCUGAGGCACCUGGAGACACUCAUCAGGAGCUACCCUGACAUCAGGGGAGGCAUGGCCCCUCUGCAAGAAAGCCCUAUUGGGAGCCUGGAGACUCCUGACACCCCGACAGGAGGAAGGAGACUUUGAUCCCCGGGGGUGUGUUGGGGAGCAUGGUGAGUCAUCGAUCCUGUGGAAAUUCCAACCCCAACCUCUCCAUAACCUUGGAGAGUCCAGGAUGGGGAGGCAACAGAGAGCCCAGGGCAAAGCCCUUUCCCCAGCCUGGACUCUCUCUGUCUUUGGCUGGAAAUGACUACCCCCUCAGAGCGCAACGGGGGUUCCCCCUGGUCCCUGGGGUUCCUCUACACUCAGCCGGCUCCUCCCCUGCCCCCACCUUCUGGAGGGGGGAGGAGGGGGGACUCUGGGUGCUGCGGAGCCAGGGCUGCCGGCCCACUGCACGCUGCCCCUCUCCCCGCUGCCUGUGUGUGUGGCUCCCUGCACAGCGCUCCCAGGAAGAGGCCCGGGACACCUCCUGGCCAGGACAUCCUCUCCUGGAGGCCAUCCCGCUCUCUCGCUCACUUCUCUGCUGUUUCUUGACCUCCAGCUUGGACUGUUGUCCCUGUUGGGCACACUCCUCUCCGUGCCCAGCUCAGCACCCUCGGAGCCCCAGCAACCCUGUGCAGGGCCCUGCCCCUCCCUCAGCCUCCAUCAUUCUUGACCUUUUUCAAGUGGGGCCCCAGGAAUGCUGGGUGGCCCUGCACUUGAGCCCAGGCCUUCCCCCCCCUCCAAGUCGGGAUCGCCCCUGAGAUGGGCUGGCAGGGACAGGGCCUUGUCUUUGCAGGCGGGACCACGUGCUGGCCAUCCUGGCACUGCGCAGACUGGGCCGCCGGCGGAACCAGCGGCUCUUGCAGCAUGCCCAGGGCCUGCUGAGGGCUGCGGCCAAGGCAGGAGGCUCCGGGGCAGCAGGGGGCCACGUGCUCUUCG